AUGUCUGCGUCGGAAGCGCGGAUGUGGGAAGAUGUCGAGAUGGGUAGUAUUGACUUUGACUGUGGUCUUGAUCCUGAGGAAGAGGAGCGAGUGCGGCUGGAGAAAGCUAUCACACGCUUAUGGGGUGCCGUAGAUGAGCUCGACUUGGCAGAAGACAAGCACAUCGAUUCAGAUGUGGUCGAUCGCCAGUGGGAAGACUUGAAUGCAGAGGAAGAUAUCCUCGCAGAUGCAUUGGAGAACAUCAAGGAGCACGAACAGCUUACCGUUGAUGAGAUCCGUCAGCAUGCAUUCGGCGAGCUGCCUGCUUGCUCUCCGGGGUCUGAAUGGUUUCCGUAUGGUUCGAAAACAAUGUUCCUCUUGGAUAUGAUAGAUAACUUACCGCGCAUGAGAGUCUCAGACUCCUUGAUGCGGAUUUUUAUCUUUGUACUCAAGGAGUCGGGUUCAAAGGAUGUACCAUCAUUUGAUGGACUCCGUCAUCUGCAAAAGCAACUACGUGAGCAUUGUGGCAUCCCCACUCGUCAACACCAGACGGGGAGAGGGAAUAUAUUCUACUACAAUGAUGUUCGCACAUUGAUUGCAAAAGACUGGUCCACCCUAGCUGUUCGUAAACAUAUGCAUCUGUAUCCCGUGAUACCAAGUGGUGCAAUCAGCGAGGUUUGGCAUGCGGAGAAGUUCCGAAAGGAAUUGGACCUUGACAUGCUCAGUCCGAUGUAUGAUGCUGGUCAGGAUCAUCACUACUACGUCAACGAAUUUGCGCGUAUGAAGAAUGGACAGUUUACUGUACCUAUACGCUGGCUGGAAAGGGAAACAGAUGGGGAGAUUGUUGCUGAUGCAUAUGCUGUCCGACCAAAUGAAGAUGGGACAUACAGGGUUGACGACACCAGUACAAUAAUAAUUGAGACGAAGGACCUUGAGGCGGAUUUCCUAGAUCUGAUAGACCGCAAUCUGGUACCCAAUUGUGACCAAGCGACUACAGAUGCCGGGCAUCAAGCUCGUAUGCCCAAUCCUCUCCGUGAAAUUGCCGGGGGUGAUCCACUCUAUACGAGCUUCAUUGACUAUUGGUCAGACGAUGUAUCGGGAAAUAGAUCCAAGUCGUAUAAUAAACAUAUCAAUGCAUGUGUGGUCCAUCGAAACCUUCCACGGCAUCUGCUUCAGCAGGAAAUUCAUGUCCAUUUUGUUUCAACAUCUCAGCAUGCAAGUGCUCCUGAACAAUUCCGAGCAUUUAAGGAGACGGUUGAAGAGACACAUCAUGAGCCGGUCCGAGUCCGAGAUGCAAAGACAGGGCAGGAUACACGAUUCCGUCUGUUUACGAACACUGGUCCAGGUGAUAAUCCUUUACAGAGUGAGAUGUGUGGCCACAUUGGUGGGAAAGGCAAUUAUUAUUGUAGAAAAUGUAAUGCCGGUGGAACUCAGGAGUACAAACAGACGGAUGAGGGGUAUGAAAGCUUAUUCCAUGUUGGUGCUUCUCGCACGGCGCAGGCAACAAUCACAGAAGUGGAACGGCAGUUUGAUGCUGCCACCACUGGAGUAGCCAAGCGUGUGGAGGAACUCCAGACAUCAACAGGAGUGAAGGAUGGAUACAGUCUACCAUGGAUUGACCAAGUAAUUGACCGGGCUCGGGAAAUGAAGAAGGACCGAAAGCGAACUGCAGCAAGUAUAAAUGCCGAGCUCAUGGAAUGGGUACAAAGCCGAAGACGUGAUGUUAUUAACCCUGUGCUUACAAUGAAAGGAUUUGAUCCUGCAAAAGAUACGCCGGUGGAAAUAUUGCAUACAAUACUCCUUGGGAUUGUAAAGUACACCUGGCAUGGGACACACAGUGCCUGGUCCGAUGAGCAGAAGAAAACAUAUACCAUCCGGCUACAGUCAAUCGAUGCAAACGGGCUCUCGAUUCAUCCAAUACGGGCUGAGUACCUCAUGCAAUACGCUAACUCACUUAUCGGGCGGCAGCUGAAGACGGUUGCACAAGUCAGCAUCUUUGCACUUCACGAUCUCGUGGACCCGGUAUAUUUCUUACUCUGGAAGGCAUGCGGUGAAUUGAUUGCACUGCUAUGGUAUCCUGAAAUCCAUGAUAUGGAUGAAUACUUUCAGGACCUUGAUGUGGCAGUAGGAAAUGUCCUGGAUACGUUUGCAGAGAUCGACCCAUCAAAGAUCAUCACGAAGAUGAAGCUGCAUCUCCUCCCGCACAUAAAGGAUGAUAUCCGGCGCCUGGGGCCGAUCCUGGGGGAAAUGGACGAAAUUUUUGAGUGCUACAAUGGGGUAUUCAGGAACUGUUCACCCAGCCGUGAUAUUGCAAUCAAUUUAGCGUGUCAGGAGGGGUUUAAGCACCGUAUAUUAGGUGGGUUCUGGCCAUCAGCAAUAGAUAACAAUGGCUGGGAAUGUGCUGGGCCUAGUGUAAGGGAUUAUCUUCAGCAGCAUCCCAUUAUCCAAAGGCAUCUUGGAUGGUCCACUGGUAAUGAUCUGCCCAUCGGCUCCAUUAGAUUGGCUGCUUAUCUGCCGGGUAAGGGCCAGCGGAAACGGUGUACUGCUGAGUGGGAGAGCACUCUUGCCUAUAAGGCGGUCAACCGUGCUUCGGUCAAGGCCAAGGCCUCAUCAAAAUGGCUUCCAUGCAAGUAUGUAGUAUCAAAGACCCACGAAGCCUGUGGCUGUGGCACCUGGGUUGUGGCAGAGUCCCCAAUUGCUGACCCACCUGAAAGGAUGAUUGGUCGCAUUGUCGAGAUCCUCAAGGAUGAGGGAAGUGAUGAGAUUGCUACUACAUUGGAGCGCUUCGACAUUGGCCAGACACGUGAUGCAAUAUUUGGCAUGCCGACGCUUUCUCGCCGCUGUGGAGAACCAACACUCAUAGUGGUUUCUGCAUCGAUGAUUGAUUUCUCUAUUAAUGUUCUGCAUAACUGCCAAAAAGAGAUGUGCGAUGCUUCGGGACGUAGAGCAAAGAUACAGGAACGUCUCGAGACAAACAUUGUGGAGACCUUCAUCCAGCAUAAGUCGAAGGAUCACUAUCUGAUCAAUACUCAUUCCCUGCAUAAUCCUCACCUGCUCCGUCAAGUCCUGCCUCGACACCUCACACGGCCUAUGCCAAGGUUUCAAGGAGAGAAUGACCGCCGGGAGAAGCAUGCCGAGUUUGCGGCAAAACUGCGGGCUGACACAGAUGUGAAGCGGAAGAAGGUGGAGGAUGCAAAGGCCCAGAAGCAGCGGGAGGACAAGGAGAGUGCUCGCAUGCAACAAGCAGAUGACAGGAACACUCACGAGCAGCGGGAGGCGGGUGUUGAAGCCCUGGAGCAGCGAGAAGGGGAUGGACCAUCUGCCAAAAAGCGGAAGCAUGCUUAG